AUGAGCUGCUUCGAGGAGGAGGGCAGCUGGAACGUGUCCUUCAGCGGCUCGGGCUUCCUGGGCCUCUACCAUGUGGGCGCGACCCACUGCCUGCGGGAGCGCGCCCCGCACCUCCUCCAGGGCGCCCGCCGCGUCUACGGCUCCUCCUCGGGGGCGCUCAACGCCCUCUGCAUCAUCCUGGGCAAGCCGGUCGAAUUCUGCUGCUUCCACCUCCUGGGCCUGGUCAAGCAGGUGGAGCAGCUGAGCCUGGGCAUCUUCCACCCGGCCUUUGCGCCCAUUGAGCUAAUCAAGCAGCAGCUGCAAGACUUCCUGCCCCCUGACGUCCACAUCCUGGCCUCCCAGCGGCUGGGCAUCUCACUGACCCGCUUUCCUGAUGGCCACAACGUCAUUGUCACCGACUUUGCCACCCGUGAUGAGGUCAUCCAGGCCUUGGUCUGUACCCUGUACUUUCCUUUCUACUGUGGGACGAUCCCCCCUGAAUUCAGAGGGGAGCGCUACAUCGACGGGGCUCUGAGCAACAACUUGCCCCUCGCGGAGUGCCCCUUUACCAUCACCGUGUCGCCCUUCCCCGGGACGGUGGACAUCUGUCCCCAGAGCUCCUCGGCCAACUUUCUCGAGUUGAACGCCUUCAACGCCAGCUUCCAGGUCUCCGCCAUGAACGUAUCCCAGGCAGUCACCUGCCUCCUAUUCCCCAGCUCCGAGGUAGUGGCCCACUACUGCAGGCAAGGUUACCUGGAUGCCCUGAGGUUCCUGGAGAGACGCGGACUGACCAAGGAGCCAGUGCUGUGGACAUUGGUGUCCAAGGAGCCCCCAGCCCCGGUUGAUGGGACCCAGGAUACUGGUCAUGACAGAGGCCAGAAGGCGGGCCUGUCGUACAACUGGGCAGUGCCCUCCGUGCUGGUGAAGGAUGUGCCCAAAUUUGAGCAGCUCUCACCGGAGCUGGAGGCUGCACUGAAGAAAGAGUGUAUGAGGGACCCCAGGCCCUGGGCCCGCUUCUGCCGGUCGAAGCCUGGGAAAGUGCUGACGUACCUGCUGCUGCCCUACAUGCUGCCCUUCGAGUACGUCUACUACCGGAGCCGAAGGCUGGUAGCGUGGCUGCCGGAUGUGCCGGCGGACUUGUGGUGGAUGCAGGGCAUGCUGAGGAGCUUGGCCCUUGGGGUGUAUUCCAGGACAAAGGACCAGCUCCUUGGACGCAGCCCACCGGUCAGCAGCCCCCUCCAGCCUGAGGCAGCUCCUCCCGCCGACCUGGCCAAGAAGCCCACCCUGCCCAUGAGGCCUGAGGGGCACCAAGCUGGGCCAGCCCAGUGA